AUGAUCUCAAGAAUGUUCAAUCAUUCGAAGAAUCCGAUUGGAAGAUUGCUGUGAGUUGAAUCACUCGGAAAUUGGGGUGUUCUCUGUGUUCUCGUUGCAUUUCUUCUCCGUCCGUUUUCUGUUUUUCACUCUCUUGUCUCGCCGUCUCAGAACCCAAGUCAAAUUAGAAAAUGUCAAUGUUCACUGAAUAAUUCACUGCUGAAGAGGACCUCAAUGCAUUCGAGAUCGAUAGCCGCUCUUCCGUUUCCGUACCACCUUCUGAAUCCGCAAAGUCCUUCGCUCCUCCGUCGUCGCCGUCCUCGUCUGCUCCGCCCCUUCGCCGUGUUUGCUCAACUAUUCGGAGUCCCUCUUCGCCGCCCUCCUAGUCGCCAUUCUGUCGUCGACACUUCCGAAAUUGCUCCGAUUUCUGAGAUCAAGCAUGGAUAAAAGCGAAGAGGAAGAGGAGGUGGAUGUUCCGACCAAUCAGCCGGGCUCUUCAGUCGAAAAACCGAAAACUCCGACCGUCGCAUUCACGAAACCGAGGUGAGAGUGUCCGGAAUGGAAACGGAAGCGCGUACUUUAACAUAUUGAGCACAAAAUAGUAUUCAACUUCCGUUUUCCGGGUGCAUCCUCGGAAGUAUGUUUUCCGUUUUGGCAUCUCGUUUCUCUCUUUUUUCGUUAGUUUUUUUUGAGCCGCCCGCCUGCAUAUUCUUUCUUUGCCGAAAAGCCGAAAAGAUAUUACGAAAUCUCGGAGCACAUAACGCCUCAAACUGACGUUCCGCGCCGUGAGUUUGUAGCUGCCACGUCACUGUGAAAGCACUCAACCGAAUGGAAAUGAGUGCAGAAACCGGAGAUUCUUGCGGGUCCUCUACCCUUUUAUAAAAACUACUCAUCCACUUUUUAUUUUACAUUAUCGAUUCGGUUUUCCGCCGUAAAACAGCUCAUUAUGCAAAUGUGGGCCUUCUUUGCUCAUUUGUAUCCUUUCUUUGAUUUCCUUCUCCUCCUCAUUUUUGAAUGAUGGUCGCUCGUAGUAGACACGUAAUGGCUCUUUCGAGGGCGACGCACAAAAGCACGGCCAGAAAAGGGCUUUUUGGAUUACUUUUGGCAAAAGCAUGUCAAUGAAAGUGUGUGACGUGAGGGGGGAAGAAAAGUGGGCGAGAAAACGGAGAAAAGUGGAUAGAUGGAGGAAAGUGUUGCGGCAGCGAGAGAGAGAGAGAGAGAGAGAGAGAGAGAGAGAGAGAGAGAGAGAGGUCCCUUUUGCAGAAAUGACAUUAGUGGCGAAGGCGAAUAUAAUUGGAAAUGCUGCAAUUACUUGAGGCUCGCUAAGCAAGGGUAGCGUGCAGAAUCAUUCGGAAUCAAGGGAAUACUUGAAAUUGAGAAUGUUAUCCCGAACAAAUCUGCCUGCUUUCAGUUUCUACCGAGUGAAUACGGUGAUCAGUGAUGUGAAAGUGUGCCGCUCGAUGUCCUACGAUAUGUGUGGAAACCAUCAACAGGAACUGCUCUUCGAUCUUUAUAAGGAUGAAACGACCGGAAAAGUCUACCUGCCGAGAUUCUUCAAGGCGCUCUUGGAGAGCGGAAUCCGGAAAGACGAUCCACGGAUCGACAAGAUGAUACAGAACAUCAAGGACGCGGAUAUGCUUGACGACUUCGUCUGGGGCAGCCAGCACAUGUAUCUCGAGAAGGAGACGUUCAAGAAGUACAUCGGAAGCAGCAUCGGCGUGGUGACGAAGGCACUAAAGAAGCAGAUGAUCAUCCCUGAUUGGGAGCACUUUGUCGGCGACAUGGGCGAGCUGUUCGAGGAGUGCAGGGACUACACGGGCGGAGAACUCGCCACCUACAUUCCUCAGUUGUCGAGAGUGCCGCCAAACAGCUGGGCGAUGUCGGUGUGCACGAUCGAUGGACAACGCAAGAGCUGGGGCGACGCGUUGAAGCCGUUCUGCCUGCAGAGCGUCUCGAAACCGUUCACUUAUGCGCUGGUGCACGAUGAAAUCGGACCGGAGGCACUGCACGCACACGUUGGACAGGAGCCGUCGGGAAGACUGUUCAAUGAUAUCAGUCUGGAUCAUAACAGUGAGUGGUGAGGGAUUAAGGUAGUAAGUAGAAGGAGAAGGGGAAAUGCGUGCUCCGCCAAAAUUACUCAAUCUGCAGAGAAACCACACAAUCCGCUGAUCAAUGCAGGAGCCAUUGUGGUCGCUUCUCUUCUCAAGAAUAAUCUGCCGCUCGCCGACCGAUUCGACUUUGUAUGCCCAUCUUUUCCCUCCGAUCUCUCGGACGUUCUCCCUUAUUCCAGAUGAUCCACGCGUGUCGAAAGUUCGUUGGAAACGGAUACGUCGGCUUCAACAACUCGGUGUUCCUCUCGGAAAGAGAGACCGCCGACCGCAACUACGCCCUUUCGUACUACAUGCGCGAGCACAAAGUGUUCCCGAAGGAUCUCAAUCUGCAAGACACUCUCGACCUCUACUUCCAGUUUUGUUCGAUCGAGACGAACUGCGACUCGCUGGCUGUGAUGGCUGCCACGUUGGCGAACGGAGGAGUCAAUCCGAUGCACGGAGAGCGCGUAGUCAACAAUCGGUGAGCUCCGCCAACCCAUCACGAUCAUUUCCCUUGUUUCAGUGCCUGCCGGGACACCCUCUCGCUCAUGUACUCGUGCGGAAUGUACGACUGGUCCGGCCAGUUCGCAUUCCACGUGGGACUUCCGGCCAAGUCGGGAGUGUCCGGCGACAUGAUUAUUGUCAUUCCGAAUGUGAUGGGCAUUGCUCUGUACAGUCCGCGGCUCGACAAACUCGGAAAUACGGUGAGGGGCGUGAAGUUUGCGGAGCAUCUUGUGCAGAGGUACAACUUCCACAACUACGACAGCCUCAUUUACUCGGACAACAAGAAGAUCGAUCCGCGACGGCAAUUGAAAGACGAGCACGACGGACAGAACAAGUUCAUGUACGCGACGAAGAUGGGCGACAUCGCCGCGAUCAAGAGGUUUCUGCUGAUGGGACACGACAUUCACUGCAAGGAUUACGACAAUCGGACGGUUUUGCACGUGGCGGCCGCCGAAGGAGACGUCGUCACACUGGAGUACGUGCUGACUAAGUGGCAGCAGGAUCCGGACCCGCACGAUCGAUAUGAUAGAAGCCCGCUGGACGACGCGAAACACUUCAAUCACGCGGCGUGCAUCAAGCUGCUCGAGGAAGCGAUCGCCAUUUACAACGUGAAGAACCAGGAUCAAGAUCAAGACUAA